AUGGCAUCAUUAGAGUGGCUUCUUCCCCUACUGAAGAAGCCAAGACUCUCCUCAAAUGGAAAGACAGCCUUCAAAUCUUAUGAUGACGUCAUGGAAAUUUCCUUCAAACAAUGGCCAUCCACAAGUGCCAGCGCAUGCCAUUGGCUUGGAAUUUCUUGCAAUAUUAAGGGAAGCGUUGUUAAAUUGAGCCUCACAAGCUCAAGCCUAGUUGGUACAUUGGACAACUUUCUAUUCUUAUCACUUCCUAAUAUUGCAUAUAUUACACUUAGUGAUAAUAUGCUCUUUGGCAUCAUCCCGCCAUUGAUUGGUUCUCUCUCAAAACUCAUCUACCUUGAUUUGUCAUUUAAUCAGUUUUCUGGAAAUAUUCCACCAGAAGUUGGCUUGCUAAAAAAUAUUAAGACUAUCCGCUUGUUUGGAAACCAACUCAAUGGCUCAAUUCCUGAAGAGAUCAGCCAUCUAACUUCUUUUACUGAGCUUGAGUUGUCCAGCAACCAGUUUGUUGGUCCCAUUCCUAGUUCUUUGGGCAAUAUGACAAACUUAUCUCGGCUAUAUCUUUCUAACAAUCUAGGAAAUCUUCCGAGUCUCACUGAGGUUUACAUGGAUAGCAACAAGUUGAAAGGCUCAAUCCUGUCUAGUCUUGGAAACCUUAGCAAGCUAACUGUUAUGCACAGCUUGGGUUCUAUUCUGCCAGAGUUGGGCAAUUUGACUCAAUUGCUUUGGCUUGAUCUCUCUUCAAAUAAUUUAACUGGACAGAUCUCCAAAGAGUUGAGCAAUUUGACUCAAUUGCAGUGGCUUCGGCUCUCAUCAAAUCAUUUAACUGGACAGAUCCGCAAAGAGUUGGGCAAUUCAAUUCAAUUGCCGUGGCUUGAUCUCUCUUCAAACCAUUUAACCGGACAAAUCCCCAAAGAGUUGGGCAAUUCAAAUCAAUUGCAGCGGUUUGAUCUCUCUUCAAAUCAUUUAACUGGACAGAUCCCCAAAGAGUUGGGCAAUUCAUCUCAAUUGCAACGGCUUGAUCUCUCUUCAAAUCAUUUAACUGGACAGAUCCCCAAAGAGUUGGGCAAUUUGACUUUUUUGCUCCAUCUCAAGCUAAAUGACAAUGAACUUUCUGGUGAAUUGCCUUGA